CCGGCCCGUGCGCCCGCCCGGACGGCGCGCCGCCAAGCCGGUGCUGACGUGGGGGUCCUGCCGCGAAGCGCUCGGAAUGGUCGUUUCUGCUUUCCAGGACCUCAGAACGGAGCCACUCAGGAGACGCCUAUGCCCGUGAAGUGAAGGCCCUGCCGUCCUCGCAUCCGGAGACGCCGCUGCCUCACCCCGCGGGAGGGCAGGACCAGCGCGGCCACGAUGAACGUGACCAGUUUAUUUUCCUUCACCAGCCCGGCUGUGAAGAGGCUGCUCGGGUGGAAGCAGGGCGACGAGGAGGAGAAGUGGGCCGAGAAGGCCGUGGACGCCCUGGUGAAGAAGCUGAAGAAGAAGAAGGGCGCCAUGGAGGAGCUGGAGAAGGCGCUGAGCUGCCCCGGGCAGCCCAGCAACUGCGUCACCAUCCCCCGAUCGCUGGACGGCCGGCUGCAGGUGUCCCACCGCAAGGGGCUGCCCCACGUCAUCUACUGCCGCGUGUGGCGCUGGCCCGACCUGCAGAGCCACCACGAACUGAAGCCCCUGGAGUGCUGCGAGUUCCCCUUCGGCUCCAAGCAGAAGGAGGUGUGCAUCAACCCCUACCACUACAAGCGGGUGGAGAGCCCCGUUCUUCCUCCAGUGCUGGUUCCAAGACACAGUGAAUAUAACCCUCAGCAUAGCCUCUUAGCUCAGUUCCGUAACCUAGGACAGAACGAGCCUCACAUGCCACUCAACGCCACUUUUCCCGAUUCUUUCCAGCAACCCAACAGCCAUCCAUUUCCUCAUUCUCCCAACAGCAGUUACCCAAACUCUCCUGGGGGCAGCAGCAGUACCUACCCUCAUUCUCCCACCAGCUCGGACCCAGGAAGCCCUUUUCAGAUGCCAGCCGAUACGCCCCCACCUGCUUACCUGCCCCCUGAAGAUUCCAUGACCCAGGACGGCUCUCAGCCAAUGGACACAAAUAUGAUGGCACCUUCACUGCCCUCAGAAAUCAACAGAGGAGAUGUUCAGGCGGUUGCUUAUGAAGAACCAAAACACUGGUGCUCCAUUGUCUACUAUGAGCUCAACAAUCGUGUGGGCGAAGCAUUCCAAGCCUCCUCUACGAGUGUGCUGGUGGAUGGUUUCACUGAUCCUUCCAACAACAAGAACCGUUUCUGCCUUGGGCUGCUCUCCAACGUUAACCGGAAUUCCACUAUUGAAAACACAAGGCGGCAUAUCGGAAAAGGCGUUCACCUUUAUUAUGUUGGAGGGGAGGUAUAUGCCGAGUGCCUGAGCGACAGCAGCAUCUUUGUGCAAAGUCGGAACUGCAACUAUCAUCAUGGAUUUCACCCCACGACAGUUUGCAAGAUCCCUAGUGGGUGUAGUUUGAAAAUUUUUAAUAACCAAGAAUUUGCUCAGUUAUUGGCACAGUCGGUGAACCAUGGCUUCGAGACAGUCUACGAGCUCACAAAAAUGUGUACUAUACGAAUGAGCUUCGUGAAGGGCUGGGGAGCAGAAUACCACCGCCAGGAUGUCACUAGCACCCCCUGCUGGAUUGAGAUCCAUCUGCACGGCCCCCUCCAGUGGCUGGAUAAAGUUCUCACUCAAAUGGGUUCACCUCAUAACCCCAUUUCAUCUGUGUCUUAAACGGCCUCAGGCUUCUGCCUCUUGAAAACUAUUGAGCCUUGCAUGUACUUGAAGGAUGGAUGAGUCAGACACAAUCGAGAACUGACAAAGGAGCCUUGAUAAUACUUGACCUCUGUGACCAACUGUUGGAUUCAGAAAUUUAAAAAAAAAAAAAAUGAAAAAAACCUUUGGUGAAAUACUGUUGAUAUCAAGAACCUGUUUAGUUUACAGUGUAACAUUCUAUUGUAAAAUCGGUGAAAAUGCAGACUUUUAGCAGGACUUUGUGCAUAGUUAGAGGGGAGAUGGCCAGGCCAGGGACAAAUCAGCUGUUGGAAGACAGUCCUAAGAGCUUCUUGUUUGGCACUUUAAGGUCAUCAUUGGGCAGAAGUUCAGCAUUAAUAGUCUUUCUGAUGUGUGUUUUUAUCAGGUAGAGUCUUCUCAUGGGUUUUCAUAAUAUUUUAAAACUGUUUGUUUAGUAAUGGUUUUUUUGUUAUUUUUUUAAGUAAAGGUUAAUCUGAAUGAUAAACAUGGUAAUCUUUCUAAAAUUGUAUGCUGACCAUACUGCUGUCAGAAUAAUGUUAGGCAUAUGCUCUUUGCUAAAUAUAUAUGUACAGAAUAUUUGGAAGUUAAGAAUUGAUUAGACUAGUGGAUUUAGUAUGGGGGGGGUGGGGGGAGAGGGAAAUGACAACCGCAAAUGUAGAAUAUACUGUAAAAAAUUCAGUUUUUUGCUUUAAAAAAACUGAUGUCUGAGUUUUGCUGUGUUUCAAUUUUAUAGAGAUUUUAUCCUACUUUUUUUUUUUUUGGCAUCUUCUAUCCAUCCUCUAAAAAAGCAGUUAUGCAGCUGGUUAAUUCAUGUAACUGUGAGAGCAAAUGAAUAAUUCCUGCUAUUUGAAAUUGACUGUCUAUAUGUUUUAAUACCAAUUGUAUGGAGUGCUUGGAUUUAAUAAGCAGUUUUUAUGGAGUUUACAGUACAGAAAUAGGCUUUAAUUUUCAAGUAAAUUGUUUGCCAAACCUAGUAACUGUUAAAUAUUUGGAGGAUUUAAAGAACAUCUCUGUUUAAAUCCAUUUCACACUUUUUUAAUUUUUUUGUACUAUGUUUGGUUUUAUUUUCUUCUGCUAAUCUUUUAUAUUCACUUAUGCUCUCAUACAGAGUACUUUUAUUCCAAAACUAGUGGGUUUUCUCUACUGGAAAUUUUAAAUAAACCUGUCAUUAUUGCUUACUUUGAUUACACAUUUGUUGUUUCCUUUCUUCACACACUAGAUUGAUGAUUCAUUUCAUGAGACUUGCUACUCUUUUCUUAGGGUUUUUCCUCAAAUAUUCUUUGCCAAACUCAAUUGGCAAAUUCAGUUACAGAGAUAGGGAGAUGGAGUCAAGUGACUCUUUUCACUUUAAAAGAAGGGACAUAGGGAGCUGAAAAAUUAAGAAAAGACUAGAUAGCACAAUAGAUAGGUACAUACACUUUUUAUGUGCGGAAUUACAGCAGCAACAGUUGCAGCAGAUACCAGUCAGUCAGCUGGAAGUGCCAGAUUCUGGACUUCAGCCGAGGUUGCAAGGUGGCAACAAAAGGAUGUAAUAUUGAGGGAAGAAUAAGAACUAGAAAUGCAGCAAACAGAAAUGAGUACUUUUACAAUCCACUUGGGAUUGGGAUGAGCCCACCCC